CUACACACAUUGGCAUAAUAGCAUAUAUGGGAAACUAAAAUUUCAUCUGCGACCGAGAAUCGCUUUUUCCUGGUUCCGUCUCAUCCAAACAAGUCCUUAACAGCGAAGCUUGGAGAAUAUGGUGGUAAUAGAGCAUGAAGAGAGUGAGGAUCGUAACGCGAAACCCUCCAAUGCUGGAGCCGGCAACGAAGCUUCCGACGGCUUCGAAACCGCCAGCGACGCCGAUCUCGGAAGCGACGGCGAAGAAGGCGGAGCUAGCAGCCGGAAAGAACAGGAGCAUGGUGAGCAACACCAGCAUCAGCAGACAGAGCAGGAGCAGGAGCAGGGUGUUGCUCUAAGAAGCGAUUCGUCCGAGGAUGCUUCGGUCAAUGAGGAGGAAAUGAGACAGAAAGCAUUGGUUCAAGCAAAUGUAGCAAAGGCAGAAGGUAACAGAUGUUUUGUAGAUGGGAAGUAUGAGGAGGCAUUAUCACAAUAUGAACUUGCUUUACAAGUUGCACCAGACAUGCCUUCAUCUGUGGAAAUACGCUCUAUAUGCCAUGCAAAUCGUGGUGUGUGCUUCCUGAAACUGGGAAAAUAUGAAAACACAAUAAAAGAAUGCACAAAAGCAUUAGAACUGAAUCCUGCGUAUGUUAAAGCUUUGGUAAGAAGAGGAGAGGCUCAUGAAAAGCUUGAGCAUUUUGAUGAGGCCAUUGCUGAUAUGAAAAAAAUCUUGGAACUUGAUCCCUCAAAUGAUCAAGCUGGGAAAGUCAUUCGCAGGCUAGAGCCCCUUGCUGCAGAAAAACGGGAAAAGAUGAAGGAAGAAAUGAUUGGAAAACUUAAAGAUAUGGGCAAUUCUGUCUUGGGCCGCUUCGGGAUGAGUGUAGACAAUUUUAAGGCAGUCAAAGAUCCAAACACUGGUUCCUAUUCUGUCUCAUUCCAACGCUAAGUUUGGUUGAGCAAAGUCAUAACAGAAUUAAGCAAGAAAGAGGUGGUCUAGAAUGAUACAGGUAAUCUUGGAAUUCUGAGUUAUUAAAGUAGUAAAGGAGAUGAACGAUGUUGGAAUGAAGUCAGGGUGUAUUAAUCCUGUGGAAUUGCACUCAUGAAAGUUGAUGGUUAGAAUUUGUAAGCGUUUUGGGUUGUACACUGCCGUUUUCUGUCACCGGGUCAUUUUGUAUCAGUUGUCACUGCUGAAUGUGAUUAACGGCUAAUAAUUAGCAAUUUUAAUAUAGUAGUGUGAUCCACGGAGAUCGUGGAUGGUAUAUUGCUUUUAUGUUUUGGAACUAUAUAUGGUAUGCAAUUUUCUUCACAUCGAAAGCAUUUAAAAUUUU